AUGAGAGACAAUAUAGAGCAUGACGAUGUGAGGCUGGUGGGAGGAGGCAGUCGCUGUGCUGGUGGAGUGGAGCGGUACGACCAGGGAGAGUGGAGGAUUGUGGGAGCUGGAGUGUGGAACCAGAGGGAUGUAGCUGCAUCUGUGCGGCUUGUGGAUGGAGCUGGUCUCUGCUCUGGGAGAGUGGAGGUGAAGUCCAAUCAGUCCUGGGCCUCAGUGUGUGAAGCUGACUUUGACCGGCAGGAUGCAGAGGUAGUCUGUAGGGAUGUUGGCUGUGGGGCUCCUGCAGCUCUACAGGGGGGGCUCUAUGGAGAAGGUGAGGGUCAGACCUGGGAUAAAGAGUUCCAGUGUAAAGGCAAAGAGUCCCUUCUCCUGGACUGUGACACCUCAGACAGAAAACACAACACCUGCCUACCUGGUAAUGCUGUUGGACUCACCUGCUCAGAGCCUGAUGAUGUGAGGCUGGUGGGAGGAGACAGUCGCUGUGCUGGUGGAGUGGAGUGGUACGACCAGGGAGAGUGGAGGACUGUGGGAGCUGAGGACUGGGAGCAGGAGGAUGUAGCUGCAGUAGUGUGUAGACAGAUGGGUUGUGGCUCCACUGUUUCAGUACUACCUGGAAACACCACUAGAGGGUUUGGAGUUGACUGUGAUGGGGAUGAAUCUGCACUGAGGGAGUGUAGAAGAACAUAUGAUCUCCUUCCUGGACUCACAGUGAUCUGCUCAGAUCUCCUGGUCCAGCCUGAUAUCUUCCUGACUGACUCAAUGGGAGGGGUCUCCAGGGGCCACCAGGGGCCUGAGAUGUUAUGGGGCCACAGCUUCACCAUCACCUGCUCCACUCAGCCACAGUACCCAGGAGGCUCCUUCCUCCUCACGUUCACCGGCUCCAAAAGAACCCAGACCCAGCCAGCUGUCAAUCACUCUGCUGCCUUCCUCUUCCCUGCUGCAGAUGACUCCCACCAAGGGAACUACAGCUGUGUUUAUGACUAUUAUGUUUUCUCUCAUAACUUCUCCUCUGAGAGUGAGCUCCUCUCCCUCACCAUCACAGGUAACUGAACAUG